AUGGACAUUGCUCUUCUGUCCGACACCGUAUCACUCGCCACAUCGCCAACAAACGGCCAGUCGAACACUUAUCCGCAGAAGAGGAGAUCGUUCAGCGGAGGCGAUGAUUCCGAGGAAGACGGAAGAGGCGACGGGGUUUUCGGCGGUGCUUGUGAUGAUGGAUUGUUUGGUGGAGGUGGUUAUGGUGGGAGGAGGUGGAACUCUGAUGGAUUUGGAGGGCAAAAUUGGGAUGAAUCAUUGCGGUGGUCGUCAAAUGAUCUUGCGUUUAAUUUUGUUUUUGAGGUGAUUUAUUGGUCUGCAUUAUCGAAUUGCGUGCAUUUCACGUUCAAAAAGAAGUGUUUAGAGGAGCUAUCUGCCACUGAAUUGGGAAGCAAAGUACCUAUUGCAUUGAUGUCCUGCCACUUGGGCGCCUACUUCAUGUCCAUUCUUAUGCACAGGAAUUGACAACUUUAUGGCAUCAUAGUUUCUCAUUUGUCAUUCUGUCAGUUAUACAUUUAUCAUUGUACUUUUUACUGGACUUUGGACUUUUCUCAUCUUCUUUUGCAUUCGAUAUUCAUUUCUUCUUGUAUCUUCUGAUGA